AUGACAAAUUCAUUCGUUAAACGAUUUGAUUCCUAUGCAAUCCAAAUAUUAUGUUCCGAAGAAUAUGCGUCCAACCCAAAAUUAUCGAACGAAAAGGACGGGAAACCCUUGAGACCACCCAAUAGUUUUUUUCAGUUUAAAAACACGGUCAAGCUAUAUUCACAGGAUCAAAAUUUAAUGGUUGGUCAAACUUGUUUAUGCAACGAUCGCAACAUUCUGACCAAGGUUGCAGGGGAACUUUGGCAUUUUUGUCUGAAUCCAGAUCAAAAGAUCAUUUUUUCGGAUCUUUUUAAAUUGGCGAAACUGGAUCAUGAGAAACGUUUCCCUGAUUAUAAGUAUAAGCCAAAACGAACCAAGAGCGAUUUUAAGUUUAGUUUAGAAAGUCACGAUCCUGUGACCGAAAUUAAUAACGAUCAACAAAUUGUUUUGGAUGAUCAACAUCAACUUUUUAGCAUGACCGAUAUUUCAAAUGAAAUCACCGAACGUUAUUUGGUUCCUUAUGAUGAAGACAUCCAAUUUUUUUUUUAUAAUAACUUAAUCAAUUAG